AUGAUGAUGCUUUCGAACUCACGCGUACUCGUGAACAACGGCACGACCAAAAUAUCAUCCGUCAAAGCGAAGAAGAGCACUGCUAAGAAGACGAAAGUCGCGUGCAAAGCCUCAAAAUCCGAUGAAGACGACAAAUCAAGCAUGACUGAUUCAAACGGAAUGAAAAACGCAGCGUUAGUAGCGGCGACGAUUGCGACGCUUGGUUCUUCGGGAAUGAGUGGUGUUGCGAAUGCCGCGGAUUCAGCGGGUUUUGAUUUGGAAGCCAUGUACGCGUCGAAAGGGCAAACGGCGAAAGUGAAGUCUCGAUUCGAAGGGACGGAGACGGCGAAGUUGGUCGAACAACCGGCGGUGAAAUCGGCACCGGCGUUACCCGCGGCGAAACCGAGGAAAGAAGCUCCCGCGAAGAAGAAGGUGAAGGCGGAAAAACCGGCGCCGAAGGUGAAGGCGGCAGCCCCGGCGGUUUCGGCGCCGAAACCGACGCCGGCGCCGGCGCCGAAACCGGCGCCAACGCCUGCACCCGCACCGGCCGCGCCGAAACCGAAGGCGGCCAUGGACGAUUCCCCGAUCAACUGGUCUGAGAUGAUGAACUCGACGACGCCGUCUAAGCCAAAGGCGGAAAAACCGAAGAAGGAGAAAGCUCCGAAGAAGGAGAAAGCUGCCGCCGAUUCGUCUUCCUCCGAAGGCUCUCGAUUCUUGUUGCCGGGCACCAAGGCGAACUUUUCGAACAUGCCGGCGCCCGCCCCGAAGAAGGAGAAAGCCCCGAGACCAGUGCAGCCGAAACCAACGUAUGAGUUCACUCGAUCUGGCCCUGGGGAAGCGGAAGGCUUCCAAAGAAGAAGCGCGGAGAACAAAUCCACCGCGAACGGCGAUAACGAAAUCGUCACGUUCAUCGCGUCUGUUUUGUCCGCCGCGUUUAUCGUCAAGAUUACGGAAAACAAGGACAACAAGCCGAAGUUGCCGGCGGCGGCACCGAGAGCGGCGAAGAAGAGUGCCGCUGGUGUUGGUAAAGGUGGUGGUGCUGACGAAGCGCAGAAGUGGAUUGACGCGUGGAAAUCCUCUUCUGGAGGCGGUUCGGGAGACCCGGCGCAAGACGCGCAGAAGUGGAUCGACGCGUGGAAGGCUAAGCAAUAA